AUGGUUCCUCCUAAGAAGAGCGUUAAAAUGGACUUGAACUCGUUCUUGAACGACGAGUCCUUCGGUGAAUCGUGGGCCGAGGAAGAGGUUGACUUAGAAAAGAUCAACAUCCCAAGUCAAACGUCGAAACUAGGCGGAAACGCUGGAAUGGACUCCUUUAGUGGGUCUAGCGGUCUCGGGGGUGGCAAAGGCUCUCGUCUAGAUCCCGCAUUGGCAUCGGAGCGCACUGAAAGAAUCCAAUACGACAUUCCAAACUAUCCUCCAUACAGAGCUGUUAUCAACAAUCUACCCUGGGAUGUGGAGGAAGAGGGUAUCAAGGCGUGGGUUGAAGACGGUCUAAACAGACCAGGUGCCGUGGAAGAGGUCGCUGCUCCCAGAGACUUCAACGAGCCUUCGAGACUCAAGGGUUUCGCAUUCAUCACUCUUUGUGACCGUGAAGCUCUCGAGGCCUCGCUGAGAUUUAACGCUACCAAGCUGAAUGAGCGUAUGGUGUACGUCUCUGUUGCGGCUCCCAACAAAGGGGGCUUUAGAGGAGGCGACAGAAUGGGAGGAGGUUUUGACGACAUGGACUGGGGCGCCGCGAGAGGCUCUGCCUUCCAAGGCUCUACGAGGAGAGAUGAACCCGAUUUGGACUGGGGUGCCAUGAGAGGCUCCGGCUUCCAUGCUUCUGCCGACAGAGGUCCAAGAAGAGAAGAACCUGAUUUGGAUUGGGGUGCCAUGAGAGGCUCUGGCUUCCAUGCUUCUGCUGACAGAGGUCCAAGAAGAGAAGAACCUGAUUUGGACUGGGGUGCCAUGAGAGGUUCAGGUUUCCAAGCUUCCGCCGAGAGAAAGCCAAGAAGAGAGGAACCAGAGUUGGACUGGGGUGCCAUGAGAGGUUCUAACUUCCAGGAAAGACCUGCUAGAACCGAGAGAAAACCUAGAAAUGAGCCAGAAAUGGACUGGAGUGGAGCCAGAGGCUCUAAGUUCGGCCAGCCACGCUCGAACGCGAAGCCUGCCCCACAUAAACCAAGCGCCAAAAGCCCUCCAGCUGCUGUCGCUCAAGAGCCUCCAAAAAUUCAAAAAUCUGCUUAUGAUGUUCUUUCGACAGAGGAUGAAGAGGAGGAGACUUCUGAAGCUGCGUCUGCUCCAAAGGCCGCUACUGACAAGGAUUCGGAAGUGGCCGAAUUGGAACAAUCUGCUGCCAAAUUAUCUGUCGCUGAUGAUAACGAUCAAGAAUGGGAAACUGUGGGCAAGAAAUAA